AUGUCGCGCAAUCUCUGUAUUACUGCAGUGGACGGCCACACCGGCUUCACUAUUGCUGAGCUCCUCUUAACAGAUAAUGGGUUUAAGAAAGCCAUCAACUCAGUUGUUGGUCUCACACUUCAUCCUGAGUCCAAAUCCGCGAAGGAGCUGGCCGGGCUCGGUGCCAAAAUCGUUCCACACAAGCCUGGGCGAGUGAAGGAGAUGGUCGAAACCCUGCGCGAGACUGGUGCAGACACGUUGUGCCUUAUCCCCCCAGCACACGGAUCCAAAUUUGACAUCACUACGGAGCUGAUCGAUGCUGCUAAAAAGGCCAAUGUGCCGAACGUUUGCUUUAUCAGCUCCGCGGGCUGUGACCUUGCCGAACGGGAUCGCCAACCAAAACUGCGAGAGUUCAUUGAUCUCGAAAGUCGUGUCCUAUCUUCCAAGGGAGACCCGCAAACCUCUACCGGACAUUCUCCGGUUGUUAUUAGAGCUGGAUUCUACGCCGAGAAUCUCCUCCUCUAUGCUCCGCAGGCACAGAAAGAAGGAGUCAUUCCUCUUCCAGUUGGAAAGCAGCAUAAAUUCGCGCCGAUUGCGCUCGGGGAUGUUGCUCAAGUUGCAGCACACGUCCUUUCCGGCAAAGGCAAGCACGGCUUCAGCGACAAACACCGCGGCCAAUUGAUCGUUCUGACAGGGCCAAUGCUUGCGACUGGUGACGAGCUUGCUACCGCUGCAAGUCAAGCACUAGGACAGGAAAUGGCUUUCGAAGACAUAUCCGAGGCCGAGGCCAAUCGGAUCCUGCACGCUCAGUCGGACAGUGAUGAAACCGAGCUACAAUAUCUAAUGGAGUAUUACUCGCUAGUUCGAGAGGGUAAGACCAAUUACAUCUCGACGACAGCUUUCCAUGAUAUCACUGGUGCACACCCUCAAGAACCUAACGAGUUCUUCAAUGUUUACGCCAAUGAGUUCAAACUUAAUAAUGGUGCAGAUGGCACUAAGCGGCGGAAACUGAAUCAGAAGCGGUAG